CCACCCCGGCCACUGGGGUGAGGGGGACGGGGCACUAGUGCCAGUGUUCCUUGGUGACUCACUGACCUCGGUGCCCAGAAGCUUCCUGCCUCCCUUCAGGGUCAUGGAAACACAGGGACAAGGAGUGGCGCGGGGGCAGCUGAGAGCAGCGUGGGUGGAGGUGAGGUCAAGACUCCUGAGCCUGCCCCCCCCACCCCCGCAGAUGCUGUGGCUGCUGUUUCUUAGUCUCCCAGGCCUGGGGGCCCUGGCGCCCGUGUUCCUGGAUUCUGGCCUGGUGACACAGCUAGGGGGCAUCGUCGGGGGGCACGACGCCCCCACUGGGCGCUGGCCGUGGCAGGCCAGCCUCCGUGCCUACCAUGAAGACCAGAAGAUGUGGCUGCAUGAGUGUGGGGGCUCCCUGGUGCACCCCCAGUGGGUGCUCACCGCUGCCCACUGCUUCCGGAGGUUGGGCCUGGAGCCCAGCACCUACCGGGUGCAGGUGGGCCAGCUGCGGCUGUACGAGAACGACUGGCUAGUGAGGGUGGCGCAGAUCAUCCUCCACCCUGGCUACAACCGCAACCUCUCGGCCGAGGGCGGCAGUGACGUGGCACUGAUCAAGCUGGAGGGGCCCCUGGCGCUGUCCCCGCUGGUCAGCCCCGUGACCCUCCCGCCUGCCUCUUUGUCGCUCCCGCCAGGGACCUUGUGCUGGGUAACCGGCUGGAGUCAGCAAAAUGUCGCCCCGCUGGCCCGGUCCUUCCACCUGCAGGAGGUGGAGGUGCCCAUCGUGGGGCACCAGGACUGUGAGCAGCACUACCAGAUGCUGGGCCCCAUGAAUGGCCCUGCCGUCAAGGAGGACAUGAUCUGUGCAGGCCAAGAGGGCCGGGACUCCUGCCAGGGUGACUCUGGGGGCCCCCUGGUAUGUCCCCAGAACUCCUUGUGGGUACAGGCUGGGAUCGUGAGCUGGGGCAACUUCUGCGGCCAUCGAGACUUCCCCGGGGUGUACGUCCGUGUGGCCAGCUACGUGUCCUGGAUACAUCUCUACGUGCCUCUGCCCCCUGAGUUGGAGACAGACUGGGGCAAGGCCCAUGUGGGGGGCUACACCCACCCUUCCCUGUGGACAACCCUGCCACUGCUCUCUGAGUUCCAGCUUGGUGCCUCCACGACCCCCGUCCACCCUGUCCCGGGUGGGCAGGGGUCUCUGACUCGGAGGGUGGGUGAUUCCCAGGAUUGGGUGGGCCAGGUGGCCCCUGCUCAGCACCAUUAAACCCUGGAGAAGCA